UAAGUUAUUAUUGCCUGUUUCACAACGGUAUGUGUCGUCACCAAAACACUUAAAGUAAAGAGUGGAAACGGUACAAAUAGUAACGAAAACCACUGACAGCAAUAGCCUGUACACUUCAUUUUUCUACCGAUAUUCCUGGGAACGUUACAGAUAUCAACACAACGUAUCGCCGAGGACUCUAGUCUUGUUUAUUGUAUAGAUUCGCGCUAACUUAAUCGUACUGCAACGUUAUUCCUCCCCUGUUGGACUGUAGCUGCUAGCUAGCCUAGCUGGCUAAUUCCCUGUAUCCGCUCUGGUCGGGACUGCAUCGAAAUGUCCUGCUGCCUGUUCGAGUACUGUCGGGUCCAAGAACUCAAAGCAGUCCGGGAGUUCUUGUUCCAGAGCCAGCAAAACAACAAUUCCUCGGCGGACAGGAAAGGAGAGAAUGAGCUGGCCUGGGAUGACUCCAACUGGGGGUCAUGGGAUAACCCUGAGGCCAAAGAAGUUGGAAGUGGGGACACCACGGGGGUGGAGGAGGACACUGCAGCAGUGAGCGCCCCCUGGCUGCAGGACUGUCUGGUGUCUCUGUCUCCCUGCUCAGACCUGAUGGUCGUCGCCAAAGGCAGCAAGGCUGUGUUUCUCUCAGCGAAGUGGCGAUCAGAUGACGGAGGCAGAGAGGGGAUGGCGCUGGCUGUGUCCUGGAGUGGAACUCUCAGCACCGACGAGGGGGAGAGUGUGAGCAACGUCAUCUGUAUACCUUUGGCCAGCCAGAAGAGAAGUUCCACGGGUCGACCAGACUGGACAUGUAUUGUAGUGGGCUUCUCAUCUGGUUAUGUACGCUUCUACACCGAGAGUGGGGUCCUACUCCUAGCCCAGCUGUUGAAUGAGGACCCUGUGCUGAGGCUCAAGUGUCGCACUUACGAGAUCCCCCGCCACCCCGGUGUCACCGAGCAGCAUGAGGAGCUGAGUAUCCUUUACCCAGCAGCCCUGGUCACCAUCGACGGCUUCAGUCUCUUCCAGUCUCUACGGGCUUGCAGAAACCAGGUGGCUCGAGCGGCGGCAGCAGGCAGUGAGGUGGUCCAGCCUCCUCCUCUGGCCUAUAAGAAGUGGGGUCUACAGGACAUGGAUGCUAUUGUAGACCACAGCAGCGUGGGUAUAAUGACCCUGUGUGUGUUUGACCAGAUGAGGAAUGCGUCUAUCCUGGGGGGUUUCCAUGCCGCUGUGAAGGGCAGCCUCCCUGCCAUGAGUCAGUACAUAACUGUGGGGGGAGGACCCUACACAGGCUUUUACUAUGCCAUAGAGGGCAGCUCCCAGCCUCUCCUCUCCCACGUUGCUCUGGCUGUGGCCAGCAAACUCACAUCGGCCUUAUUCACCGCCGCCAGUGGGUGGCUGGGCUGGAAGAAACAGAAUGAGGAGGAGCCAACUCAGAAACAGAAGCCCAAGGUGGAACCGGCCACGCCCCUGGCAGUCAGGUUUGGUCUCCCAGACUCACGGCGUCAUGGGGAGUCUAUCUGUCUGUCCCCCUGUAACACUCUGGCUGGGGUCACGGACGACUUUGGCAGGGUCAUGCUGCUCGACGUGGGGAGAGGCAUCGCCAUCCGCAUGUGGAAGGGCUACCGGGACGCCCAGCUGGGUUGGGUGCAGGUGUCUGAGGGGCGGGGCGAGUCCUCCCCGUCCGCGCCCCUCCCACGGCGCCACGCUCAGUUCCUGGUCAUCUACGCCCCCAGGAGAGGCAUCCUGGAGGUGUGGGGCACACAGCAGGGCCCCCGAGUAGGAGCCUUCACUGUCGGGAAACACUGCAGGUUGUUGUAUGCAGGCUACCGGCUGAUGGGGGUGAACAGUGUGACCAGUCAGGGCUGGCAGCUCCACACACAGCAGGUGUGUCUGUUCGACCCUGCUACUGGAGCACUACGCACUGUCACUGUCCCCUUCCAUCUGGCCCUCAGUGAUAAGAAGAGUGAGAGAGCGAAGGACCUGCACCUGCUGAAGAGACUGACCACACUACUGAAGAGCAGAGAGUUGGAACCAGAUUACCUGGAGAGCGAGGCCCAGCGUGUACUGCUGGACAUCAAACACCCUGCCAUUAAGAAACAGGCCCUGGAGUCUCUGCUAGCCAAUAAGAAUGCUCCAGUCUCCUGUCUGACCAACAUCACCCGACUCUUACUGGCCAGUCUCAGGGGGAAAGACCGUGAGGCGGUAGAUGAAGCAUUGCUCCAGUUGUGUUCCUCCCAGCUGAAACUGCUCCAGCUCUACACCGACAUCCAACAGCUGCACUCUACUGUGGAGGCUAGCACAGAUGCACACACUAAACCUACGGAGGUUGCCGGUGUAGAGGAGGAGCUGGCCCGUGUCUCCCUUAUCCUGCAGCGCUACACAGAGCUCACCUCCGGCUCACGCCCCUCCGUCUCAUUUGCCCAGGACUCCCCUGACGCAUCACUUUCUGUACGCGGCUUCCUGUCCCAGAUGGAGUGUGAAGGAGAGGAGAUCAGGGUGGUCCCAGGGCCCGACGCAGACUGGACACAACUGGGGAGCUUUCUGUUCUGGGGCUGUCUGACAGGAGAGAGCCCUCUACAGAAAGUCUGUGACACACUACAGGAGACCGGCAUCAGCCCACAGCAUUUACUGUCUCUGCUGCUGAGUGUAUGGUUGCACAGAGAGAAGGAAGUAUUGAAGAAACCAAAGGCCGUCAGACACCUACACACACUCCUCACUGCCCUCAGCUCCAUGAAAGGUGCGGUGGAGUCGUCGUGGGACAUGCAGUGUGUUUCCCCCUGGUGGCAGCAGGUGCGGUCUGCGUGUGUCCAGUCACAAAGUGCUGCUGCUGCCCUGCUGGCUGCAAUAGUGGCUCACCGCGCUGCCAAGGUUAACAUCACCAGCCUGGCCGAGACCAAGUUUCAGUCAGAGUGGGAGGCGGUGUCGUUGGAGCUGGAGCAGUGGGCGGUGUGUGUGAGACAGCUGGAGGACGUGCUGGCCCUGCAGACGCUGCUGUGUGUGGCGCCUCUUAAAGGAACACCAGGGGGCGCCACACCACACUGCUCAGUCAAAGCCCUGCUGGAGGGGGGCCGAGGUGGUAUAGCAGACAGUGUGGCUAAGUGGGUGUUCAGGCAGGACUUGGCCCCUGAGCGGCUGAAGGACAUGCUGCAGAGGAGGGGGGAGACCCAGAGAACAGAACAGCCCUCCCAGCCAGUGCUGAGGGAGAAAAGCCAGGAGGAUGCAGACUUCAAUAAGGCAGCAGAGCUGCUGGUGUCUGUGUGUCAGCGUUUCCCAGACUCCCUUUCUCCUGACCUGCUCUUUGCCCACUGCUGCUGGGAGUACGUGGUGCAGUGGAACAAAUACCCAGAGGAGGGGCGGUAUCUGUGUUGUGCAGUGGAACACCUGAAGCUAGUCUCUAGUCCUCACAUCCAGCUGGGCAUCUCCUCAAUGAUGUGGAACACGUUCAUCGUUAAACGUUUCUCAGCUGCUGCUUUCCUUAUGGAGAAGGUGGGGAAGGCCCCUAAAGACCGCCUGUGUCGACGGGAUGUGGGAAUGGGAGACGGUGCCAUGACGUCAUUCCUCGGCUCCUGUGUUGAGCUGCUACAGAUUCUGAUGGAGGCAGACUCAGGGAUAGAAGAGGUGACCCCUCCAGAGCUGUGUGUGGAGGAAGUGUGGGGGGGAGCGGAGGGUCCUGCCUCCAUAGUAGAGUUAGCCCUGGAGCAGAGGGGAAUCCACUACCCCCUUGUACAACACCACUGUCUCCUGGCCACUCUACUACACACUGCUAUGACCUUCAACCUCCGGGUCAAACCACUCAGUCUGUUCGACAGCAAGGGUAAGAGUGCCUUCUUCAGAGAGCUGGUGUCCAUCCAGCUGAUGCCCAGCGGAGAUAUGGACCCUGGACUGGUCUCUCUUAGACAGGAGUUCCUGCUCAGGGUGUUGACAGGCUGGGUGAAGACCCAGAGUGAGGCAGGGACGGCUCCUGCAUCCACCCGGCUGGACCUUGAGUCAGGGGAUGAGACGUGGCCCUCUCUGUGUCUGGACCUGGGGACCCUGCUGCAAGUCAACCCAGACAUCCUGCGCAGACACCUGGUGUGUGAGCUGUACAACCAGGGCCUGGAUCCCCGGGCAGAGCAGGUGAUGUUGGAGGUGGAGGAUAAGGACGUGUUGGGUUCUCAGCUGUUGGUUCUAACAGGCCAGAGGCUGAGCUACUCCCUGCUGCACACCCAGACCCAGACCAAGCCCGCCAUGGAGCUGCUGGCACGCCUCCCCCCAACACUCUGCACCUGGCUCAAGGCUAUGGAUCCCAGUGAGCUGGGGUGCCCGUCGGUGCCCCUGAGCCAGACCAGCAGGCUGGUGAGCCGCCUCAUAGAGAUCCUACCUGAGAACCACGGCCAGUACAGCCUGGCACUACACCUACUGGAGGCUGUGGAGGUCCUGCAGGAAGAGGACUGAGUGAGAGGGGGGGGGGGAGAGCAAGAGGCUCAGGAAGAGAGAUGGCCUGUGUGCAAUUCCGUUCCUGCUUUCAUUGCUAGCAUCCAGGAUAGGAGUGAGAGAGUGAGGUAGUAAACUGUUGAAGUAGGAAAUAUAUAGGAUUAUACACCUAUCAUGUACAAUACAGGAAGGAGAUGUCAGGGAAAUGGCCACCCUGUUUGAGAGGAGGGAGGCUCAUGUGUUCAGUUGAAAAAAUCUAAUUGUAAAUGAAAGAUGGAUGGAUAAUUGUUUUGUUUGAAGUCUGCAUUUCUGAAGGGGAUAUGCUAUAUGAGCAUGGUGUUAUAUAUCCAUUUGUUUUUGUCACUUCCUACUUAUUUUUUACUUUGUCUGUCAGCUAUACCUAGCAGCCCCUGUACUGCCCAUUAUAACAGACUUAACGAUCCAAUCAAAGUGGGUUGCAGGGUGUGGUUGUGUGCCAUUUCAUUGUUUAGUAAGCAUCCCUUUCUCUUCACCUGUCCCUCAGAUUAGUAAUGAUGAUGUAUGAUAGACAGAAUGGAUGAUCUGGUUAUUUAUACACGCUGCAGUACUGUAUUAGCUGUGACUGUAACCUCUGUACUGUUCUGUAGUUCUACACCCUGGCUGAGGAACCCCACUGGGGGCAGACAGAACAGACUAAAUAGGUUUAAUGCUCAGCAUGGUCUGUCUUUGGUUUCUUUCUCUCUGGGUCUGGGGUAAGAGCAGUCAACGCUGGUCAUGGUGGUACUUUCCAAUCAGUAUUCUCUCCAGACCAUUCAGGUAGACAGACUGUUUAUAACGUUUCGUAAACAUUUGUACAGUAGCUCACUGACCUCAUCCAGAGGGUGAUGGGAAUCACCGACUAUUUGAUGAGUACUGUAAGGUAGCGCAAUUCCCAACAUGCCAUAUCUGGCUUCCAUGUGUAUUGUGUUGGUCAAUAUUCCAACUAAAAUAAAUAAUAAUUCAUUAUUUAAUGAGUUUGGUAUAGGAGUAUAAUACAGAGGUUUGCAUUUACAAGUAAAAAUAUGGAAGAACAAUUACCCAAAACCAUAAUCAUCAUAGUUUGUUAAUGAACUCAAACAUCUCUUCCCCAUUCUUCUUUACUUGUCACAUUAUAACAUGAGUUACAUUAUGACUUCCAUUUGAACAUUAAAUUUGAAUAAAAAUAAAAACCAAAGCACUCAGAA